AACAACUAUAUUUUUUGCUCAAACAUGAAAAUUCAAGAAUAGUCCAGAAGGAAGACAGGCAGUCCUUAAGAAAGAAGUAUGAAAUAAAGAAGUUUACCAACCUGAAGAUCCUUCGUGUUCAGACAUGUUCCUUCUCAGGAGGAAGCUGUGUUGAAGAUGAUGAAAGGAACACUUCUCAUGAUGAUUCAUUUGGGCAACCAGGCCUUGCGGUUCUUUGUUGCACUGUUUGCAUUUUGCACACUUGCCUCUUACCCACAGGCUUUAGAAAGGAUGCGUCCCUAUUUGUGUGACAAAAUUAUCGCGGAGAGACACUUUGAUUACCUGCGAUCAAAGAAAAUACUCACUAGAGAGGACGCUGAAGAAAUAUCUUGUCGACCCUCAAGUAGGAAGAAAACUGGGAAGUUACUGGACUACUUAGCAGAAAAUCCAAAGGGACUAGAUACUUUGAUUGAAUCUAUUAGAAGAGAAAGAACACAGAACUUCCUGUUAGAAAGGAUAACUGAUGUGGUGUUGAAAGUCAAAAAUGAAAAACUUGAAGCUCUCAAAGGUCUGAGCUGCAGCAGCUGUAUGACUUCAGUGUAUGGAGGAACAAAUAAUCUUUCUAGGUCAUACUCCGAUGAAUCCAAUUACUAUGAAAAAGUAAAAGAAUCUACCCAUAAUCAACCAGAAGAACAGUUUAGUACAGCUGCUUUUGUGUCUGCUUCAUCUCUUCGUUCAAUGAAUUUACCAAUUGUGGAGAUGGGAAGCACAGAAAAUGCAGUCUUCUCCACCACGCUUCCAGGACCUGGGGAUCCUGGAGCACCCCCUCUUCCACCAGAACUGCAGUCUGAACAACAGGAAGCCAGUGCCAGUUCAAGUGACAAUCGUUUUCUGCCUUUAAGAUCUCGUUCUCUUCUACCACAAUGACUUCAAUGACUCUUUUUCCUGUCUCUUUACUUAAAGGAGGGGGUGUUGUGAGACUUUUAUAUAUCUUUGCAGGCAGCAUACAGAAUGUUUCCAAACUGUUAAAUCGCAAAUAAGGAGAAAUAGCCUAUAUGAGUUGCCCCCCUCCCCCCAAAAAAAAGUUUAAAGAGGUAAUCAGUUGACUCUGUAUCUUACAGUUUCUUUAGUUUCUAGAAGUCUUUGAUUCCACUAGUGCUGUACCUUGUUUGGGUUUUUUUUAGGAUUUCAUGUUAAUGUUGUCAUUACUUAAAUUUUUCCAGUUAAUGAAACAAAUAUUUAUUCUCCAACAUUAGCAGAUUUUGAUAUUUUUAGCAAGUAGAGGGGAAAUGGCUAUUACAAAAGAGAACACUUUAAAAGGACUCUCUCAGAACUUGUAUAUUUGUACUAGUUCUAAAAGUUUGCCAAACUAAUCUUUUACAUGGCAUAGGGUAAAUUCUUCCCUCAAAUUUAUGCACACACCACUCCCAUUGGGAGGGCAGAACUUGGCUCUUUGUAGCCAUGCAUUUUUUUAAAUGCUUAUUGUCAAAUAAUUCUCAAUAUGCUAAUUUUCUGAACCUUGUGCUCUAUUUUCCUCCAAACAUGAAAGGCAGAUACUACACUGAAUAGAGUUCAUAUAUGAUAAAUGCAUUUUUACAUACAGUUUUUAAAUAUAAUAUAGAAAUCAUUGGUUUGAGAUGCAUUUGUUUUAAUUUAAAUUUAUAUUAAUAGUGGAAAGGAAUGUCAGCUGUUCAGAUCCCAGUAAGGGAGUUGCUCAGUAGCUUAUUUAUAAAAUGCCUUUAUUUAAGUAAGGGCAUGCUUCUGUAAGGAGCAAAAGGUGCAGUAUUUAAUGGGUGGACCUAGCAGGAGGAUGUCUUUAACUGAAGUACUCAAGGAAAUAUUGCACUGCAGAUACUUAAUUUUUACACCCUACAGUAACACGUUUACAUUGCAAGUGAUUUAAAAUCUAAACCAAGUUUUAACUGUUUUAACAUGGGAAAAGUUCUCACCUUCUGACAUAGUACAAUAUGUUUGAUCCUUUCAUACUUUCUUUCUCAUUCUAAUCCUCACUUUGUAAGACUGAAUUUUAGAAGAUUAAGUGUAGAAGUGCAAAAUGACAAAUUUAAAAACCGUAUUACUCAGGAUUAUGUACAGAUGUCUUUACACAGAGUAUUUUUCUAAAGUUACAUUUUCUGUUUAUCAAAAGGUAGACUGGAUUUUAUUUAAAAUGUAUAAUUCUGACACUGACUGCUAAAGUAAGAUAAGUAUUCUAGUCUGUCACACCCAGAUUCUAUCUCUAAUGCUAAUUCUCCUGCAGAGGCUAUAUGCUCAGCCUCUGGACUUCAGAGGAGAGCUGCCUCACGUUGUUCAUGGGUGAUGACAGCCAAAAGGAGGCUGGUCUCAUUUGGGGACUGAGAAAAGUAAACAACAAAAGUAUCCUAUAGCUAUUUGUUGUUCAUGUCUGACUAGUCCAUGGAUGUUAACUCAGUUCAAAUAAACUGUCAAGUUUAAUUAGAAUAUCAUGUAGAAACAACUUUAGUAUAAGAAUGAGGUAGCUUACAUAUGACAAAAAUAUGGGCUGCUUUUAUUAAUAUAUGACACCAAUCACCAUGUUUUCAGGUAUCCAUCCAUCUAAAGCACACUGAGCCUGAUUUUCAAAAAAGCAGAUUACCCACAAAUUCAAUUGACUACAGCUUGGAGUUGUGGGUCUCGGCACUCUUAAAAAUCAAGUUAAGUGUCUUUAACACCCCUAUAUUUUGAACAUUCCCAACAAUUUUUUAUGAACUCUGCAGGUAUUAUCUAUUGUAACUUAUUUUGCUAUCCUGCUGGAAGUGAUUAUAGAAAUUAGGCUAAUUUACUCUAUCUGGAUCUGAGCCCGAGAAUUGCUGAGAGCCUUGCAGUCAAUGCAUCCAGUUCGCCUUCCACUCAAACUAAUGCUAAAACUUAUUUAGGAGCAAGAGCAGGCCCACUGAGAAGUGAAUGGUUCAGCAGUUUAUAUGAUGUACUUAAUCUCUCAUGGGAUAGAGUUCUGUGGUUACAGGAGAUCCCCCAAAAUUGGGUGAAUGCGGGAGGAGGGGUUGAUCCUGUGCAAACCAAAAAUAUACAAUGUACAUGGGUUCAUAAUGUGAAUGUUAGAGAUUUGCUAGGUAAUUACCAAAUGUCUGGAUGUUUACCACAAACUCUGUGUGCAGUAAUUGCUCCGUUGUUUUAACCUGAGAUCUUUAAUGAAUGUGUGUAAUCUUACCAAAUGCUUGAAACCUAUGCAUUAUUUUAAACAAAGACUUAAUAUCACAAA